AUGAAAAUCCUCACAGAACAGUCCCUUCACAUCUUACUACUCAUCCUUUCCCUUCACUCAUGUAAAGCCAACCUCGAAUACUGCAAGCCAAGCGCCAAUCUAACGGGCAGCAACCCACCGAAAGGCCAAUGCAACACCGAAAACCAGUCCGUCUGCUGCCAGGCUGGCGAGCACUACCCCACCUACAACUGCUCCCCACCCGUCUCAAAGUUCACGAAAGCCGUGCUCACACUCAACAGCUUCCGGAAGGGCGGUGAUGGAGGUGGGCCCUCGGAAUGCGACGGAAAGUACCACAACGAUAGCAGUAAGAUAGUCGCGCUGUCGACAGGCUGGUACAAUGGUGGGUCCCGGUGCGGAAAAAAGGUGAAAAUAAGCGGAAACGGGAAAAGCGUGCUGGCAAAGGUGGUGGAUGAGUGCGACUCUAUGGUGGGAUGUGAUGCGGAGCAUGAUUACCAGCCGCCGUGCGCGAAUAAUAUUGUCGAUGGCUCGUCGGCCGUUUGGGAAGCGUUGGGUGUGGGUAAAGAAAGUUGGGGGGAGUUGAAUGUCACUUGGUCUGAUGCUUAG